AUGAUCGUGGGCAUAUUAGGUUGGGCAGCCGCUCUCACAGCCAUCUCAUACCUUGCCCUCAUAUUUCCGCGGCUCCAACAAGAAUGGAAACUCUACUCCCACCGCUCCCAGCUCCCGCCCGGCCCCAAGACCAUCAGAACAGGCAUCUCCAAGCCCUGGCUCUGGUUCCACGAGCUGAGCAAAGAAUACGGCGACGUCGUCUACCUCCAGCUCGGCCCGACGCCCACAAUCAUCCUCGGCUCCGCGCAGGCCGCAUGGGACCUCCUCGAGAAGAAAGGCGCCAUCUUCUCCUCGCGCCCGCGCUUCAUCAUGGGCGGCGAGCUCCUCUCGGGCGGCAUGAGGGGGCUGAUGGCGCCGUACUCGUCUUUUUGGAGGCGCUGGCGGAAACUCCUCCACGGCGGCUUCAUGCAGCGCCAGAGCGAGUCGUAUCGCCCCGUCCAGAGCCUCGAGUCGAAAGUGCUCAUGCACGAGCUCCUGGCGGAUCCGGCUGGGUUUAGGAGACACCUCGAGCGAUAUGCGGCGUCGGUCAUCGUGACGGUGACCUACGGCCGGAGGGUCGAGGACGUGAGGACGGACAUCGUGGUGCGGCGUAACGCUGAGUCGAUGGGCCGGCUGACAUCCGUCAACAUCCCCGGCAAGUUCGCCGUCGAGAGGUAUCCGGCAUUAAAACACGUUCCAAGCUUCCUCGCCCCCUGGAAAGCCGAGGUCCUGAAGCAGAGACAGAAGGAUAUUCAACUUUACACCGAGCUCAUGGACGAAGUCCGCGACAAGGUCGCCAGAGGCGUGGCGCCAGAGUGCUUCGCAAAGCAUCUCCUGCAAGAACAGACGAAUCUGGGCAUGUCGGACGUGGAGAUCGCCUACACCGCAGGCUCGCCGUUCGGCGCGGGCGUUGAAACUUCCGCCGGGUCACUCGCGAGUUUCCUCCUCGCGUGCGUGAAGUUCGGUCCCAGCUUCAUCCCCCGCGCCCAGGAAGAGCUCGACAGAGUCGUCGGCCGCGACCGCCUCCCGACCUUUGACGACCUCGACAAGCUCGAAUACGUCCGCGCGAUAGCCUCGGAAACCCUGCGCUGGAGGCCCGUCGCCGUCCUCGGCGGCACGCCGCACGCCAGCACCGCGGACUACGUGUACAAGGGCAUGUUCAUCCCCAAGGGGAGCACGAUCAUCGCGCCCCUCUGGAGCCUCCACCUCAACGAGGCAGAUUUUCCCGCGCCUCACGAGUUCAAACCGGAGCGGUUCCUGGAGGAGCGGGAGUACCCCGGGACGUUCGGCCACAGCGCCUUCGGCUGGGGCCGGCGGAUCUGUCCCGGGAUGCACCUCGGAUCUGCUUCGGUAGCGAUCAACAUUGCGCGCAUGCUGUGGGCUUUCGAAGUGAAGCCGGCCAAAGACGAAAAGGGUAGAGACUGCGAGGUUGACAUUUUUGCGUGCUCUGACGGAUUCAACUCGAGUCCGCUGCCGUUCCCCUGCUCCAUCACACCCCGGUCUCCCCAUCAUGCCGAUGUGAUUGAACGAGAGCACAGGGAGGCCUUGAAGGAGCUCGUUGCAUAUGCCUCCAUCGCUAGUAAGAUUUCGUAA